AUAACAGUGUAAAAAAUUAAAAAGUUUGGCAGUUGCUGCAGCUUGCUGCUUUAGAAUUUAGAUAUUAUUGCUAGUAUCCAAAGAUUUAAAUUAGUUGUUUAAAACUCUGCUAAUAUCUUAUGAUCUUAUUAAAUUACAGUAUAUCCAUGAAGUUUACUGAAAAUAUGUUAACUAUUAAUAAUUAUAAUGGAAAUAUCAAAUUUUAGAAAAAUAAAUAAAGAUCGUUUAUCUGCAUUUUUGAAACAUUUGGAAAACAAAAACUUUUCUGGCAAUUCUGAUGAGACGUUUGGAAAAUGUUUAAUGAUUUUGAAAACAUUAUUGUACACUUCAUCGGACUUUAUACCUGACAAUACGCUUAGCACACAGUCUAACAUUCAAACAUUUCUGUAUUCUAUUAAUUUUGAUGUAAUAGAACCUGAUCACUUGAUCAAAUUAAAAUCAAUACUUGAUCAAGCAGCAGACUUUGAUGUAUAUGCUAGAUACAUAGAAUCUAUCUUAAAUAAAAACAAUAAGUCAUUGAAUUCAGUUUUAAUGACUCUUUGGACUCAAUUAGGAUCAAAUGUAUUGAGAUUGCCUAUAAUUAUUCUAGAAAAAACCAUCAAAGUGAAUCCUUUAAUUUUUGAAAAAACAAUUUUGUCUACAGUAUUGUUGUGGGAAGUCAACGACUUAAUUGAUAUAUGUUCUAAAUCACCAUUAGUAUUCCAAACAUGCUCAAGUAUAUUUAAUGAAUUGCUCAUUAAGUUAAACUUUACCAAUAAAUUUAUGGAGUUUUUGAACUACUUCGUAAACAGUGUUGGUUCACGGUGUAUUGAAAACAACAUUGAUAUUGCUGAUAUCUAUCCUAACAGAUGUAGAAGUAUAUUAACCUUAAGAGACAUUAAGAACAAAAAUUCAACUUUAGUAACAGAACAUGAUAUAAAUGACGAAGUAAAAAAAUUAGCUUUAGAUUACCCCAAGGAAUCUAUUUGUUUGUUAAGUCAUUUUCCAGAUUUAUACAUAUCAUACUGAAGAAUCUGUUACCAUUUACUGUAUUAGACGUGAACAUUUUUUUGUUUAUCACAAUUAAAAUACAUGUUAAAAACUGAGCUUAACUAAACAAUAAUAAUAAUUUAUACUUUAUAAAUUAUAAUACCUACCUACCAAUAUAUAUUAUUGUACCCAUACAAUGUACUUUCCUAUGUAUUAUUAUCA